UAGAAACGCCUAAAUUUGAGAGCUAUAAACUUCAAAAUCAGACAUGAAAUGGGUUUCCGGUUUCCACACUGGGAUGAUCGUGGAGCUUAAAACCCUAACUAAAACCCUUGAAAAUUUUCAAUCCAGUCCCAAAAUGUGUAAAAUUUCCUCCACAUUUCUUCUAUAUUUCAUCCAAAAACGUUUCCUCAGUACGGUUUCUAGUUCUACAAUUCCUUUACCAUUUGUGUCUACCAUCGAAUUCCUCAAAAAUUCUUGUGGGCUCGCCUGUCAAACACUCCAAAUCGAUGAAAAAAACUCCCACAAGUACGAAGCCAUUAUCGGUUUCUUCAGAUCACAUGGAUUCGAUAAUUCGCAGAUCGCCAAUUUGGUCUCGAGGCGACCUUCGAUCCUUCAAUCGAGAGUAUCGGACAAUCUGAAGCCUAAACUGGAGUUCCUCGAGGAAAUCGGGAUCGUCGGUCCUUUACUUCCUAAGGUAAUUCUAUCGAACCCUCGGAUUCUGCAAACGAGCUUAGAUUCCCAGUUGAAACCAUCAUUUUGUUUCAUAAAGAGAAUGCUUGAAUCGGAUGAACAAGUAACUUUUGCUAUUUGUCGUUCUUCGUGGCUUUUAACUGCUGAUUUCAAGGGUAUUAUGCAAUCUAACAUUAAUGUUCUGGUUAGUGAAGGAGUAUCUUCCAGGAAUAUAGCGAAAUUGAUUGUACUGCAGCCUAGAGCUAUUAUGCAAAUGGUUGAUAGAAUGGUUUAUGCAGUGAAAACCGUCAAGGAAUUGGGCAUUGAACCAAACGCUCAUAUGUUUGUUUAUGCAGUUAAAGUAAUGGUUUCAAUGAAGGAUUCAACUUGGAAGAAGAAAAUAAAUGUUUUGAAGAGUUUGGGAUGGUCUGAGAAGGAGAUUUUUGCAGCAUUUAAGAGAGAGCCACUUUGUUUAGCACGUUCGGAGGAGAAAAUGAGGGAUGUUGCAGAUUUCUGUUUGAACACUGCAAAGUUGGAUCCAGGAACUGUAAUUUCCUACCCUAAGUUCUUCAUGUGUGCACUCGACAAGCGGCUCCGGCCAAGGUACAAAGUUCUUGAGGUUUUGAAGGCGAAAAAUCUUCUUAAGAACAAAAAGAUUGCUUGGGUACUUUUACAAGGGGAGAGAAAUUUUGUGGAGAAUUAUAUUCUUAAGCAUUUGGAUGAAAUCCCAGAUCUUAUGGACAUAUACCGGGGCAAUGUGGCAGCCGAAACCAGAUCUGUUCUAUAGGAUUGGAAGGUUGUAAGUUAAAAAUCUUAUUCUAGUCUAAAUUUCAGCAUCAUGAUGUUCAAAUGGGAGAGCAUUUUUCUUGUUAUUGAGCCCACUGUUUCAAAUAACACUGCUUCUUGAGCUUUUCAAGAUCUCUCUCUUUUCAAGUGAAGUGGGAGAGAUUUGUUGUUUUCCCUUCCAAUUUGAGGCUGUUAACUGAAUCUUUUUCUAUAUAUUGGUGUAUAUAUUUGUAGUUCGAAUCAUCUUAUUUUUAUUGUACUAAAAAAAAUUGAAAGUAAUUAAUGAUUCUAUUCUCUAUCUUGUUGAAAGAUGCCAUUUGUGAUCAGAAAA